AUCCCCACAAAUUAAUAAAGCAUCCUUGUCAUAACGACAUGCAAAGAUCUCCCACAGCCCGUUACAUUGGCAAUCAGAUCCUUCGCAACCAAACUCACAUCAAAACAAAUCUUCAUCAACGGCCACCGUGUGAUGUGUUCAUCAACCACAGAGGAAUCGACACGAAAAGGAAUGUAGCCGGGCUGCUUAACGAUCACCUCAGGCGGCUCGGGUUCAGGCCUUUCUUGGACUGCAAAAACAUGAAACCUGGGGACAAAUUGUUCCAUAAUAUUGACAUUGCAAUACAUAAAUGUAAGGUUGGGGUUGCCGUGUUUUCUCCCCAAUACUGUGACUCUUAUUUUUGUCUACAUGAGUUGGCACUUAUGAUGGAGAGCAAAAAGAAGGUUAUACCAAUUUUUUGUGAUGUAAAACCCUCUGAACUUCUGGUUAAAGAUGAUGGGAUUUGUCCAACUAAGGAUUUGGACAGGUUUCAAUUGGCUCUUGAAGAGGCAAAGUACACAGUUGGAUUGACAUUCGACACAUCGAGAGGGGAUUGGCCGGAAUUUCUGGACAGUGCUUCAGAUGCAGUCAUCAAGAACUUGCUCGAAGUAGAAAAGGAGAAAUGCUUCUUGCUGAAGAAGAAGAAAGAUUAUUUUAUUUAAUUUCUUUCUAACGCAUUCAUUAUUCUUUUAUAAAUAUGUUCUCAAAAUUCAAAUUGUUUUAUUUGUACUAUAUUUGCAAAUAUUGUAUUAUUCAAGCAGCUAAGAAAAGGAAA